GAACGUUAAUUGGAGAAUAGUGGUUGGUGUGUGUCGUAGUCUCCAUUUUUAAGUGUCUAUCACUAAAGAAGAGAAAUUUAUCUGAAAAUGGCGUCCCUCUCGCUUUGUGGCGUGGGAAUACGAUCUCAUAAUCUCCCCUUUCUCUCCCUUAAACUUACUCCCAAACUCUCUCUAAUUACUUUCAAUUUCAGGUUGAAGAAUACUGUGAAAUUGCAAAUCAGGCAAAGGUCAUUUUCCGCAUUUGCAUCAAAUUCAAAUCCUUCUGGAGGAGAUUCUCUUGAAGAGAAAGUGAAACCAGACGAGACUGAUGCUGGCCAAGGUCCUCCAUUCCUCACUAUUCUGGCUGGGUUGCUAGUGUUUUUACUUAUUUGUUGGAUAGUUGGAUCCCUUGUAUCGUGGCUUGUUCGUUUAAUAUUUUAAGUUGCAUACAAAAUGUACUAGCCUAUGUUGAUUAGUUUUAUGUAAUCCACAAAUUGUUUAUUGGGUGA